ACAUGAUUUUAAUAGUAUAUCUCCUAAGAUCUGGAAUACAGAUGCCACAAGCUGCAGUUGACGCCAAACGUGUUGUUGGUGACGGCGGUAACGCCUGGCACCAUUCACCAGUACUGUAGCAUUUGAAUAGCAAAGUAUAUUCGAGAACCAACGUCAUAUGCAAUGCGCGUUUGACGGCACAAAGCCGCGUUUAAUACCACGAUGUAAUGUGUUGUUGUCAGAUGCUUAAUUGAUUUUCUCCGCUGAUGAGAAUCCAGUGUUUUGCCGACUGGAAAGUACAUCGCCGCACCGCGUGUGUUAAUAAACGGUGCGUCAGAAUGCCUCCUGUACAUCUCAUUGUCGCACGACGGUAUCAACGCCCAGCUUUUGCAGGGGUAACAUACGAUAACAGUACUAUCUAUCCUACGCUGCGUAAAGUCAUGGUUGCUGGUGGAUGAGAUGCGCUGACCUGGCCAUUUUGAAAAUCUUGGUUGCCAACGACUGGACGAUAAGUAAGCUUAACAAAAUGUUGAGAUGAGCUUGUGAUGAUCCGUUGAUAUCGUUGAGGGAGUCGCAACUUUGCGGCAUUGUAUUCUGUGUCGCUUUUGUUUUUUUUAUGUAAUUUUUGCUGUCCAUAUUUUCUGGUCGAUAUUCCUUCAAGGAAAAAAAAAAUGUAAGUGCCAGUUAAUGCUUUUCAUCAACGUUUCGUACAUUAUUAUCUCAAUGCUGUUUUCUGUCUAUUUCGCUCUGUCUCAUUGAUGAGUGGCAUAUGGCACUGAUAAGGUCAACUGGCGAUAUUUAGUCUGGCUAGCUUCUCUCUAUUACUAUAUAUACGCACCCUAUUUACCAAUUCACAGAUGCUUUUAACAACCCAAUUUGUGCAGCAAUACAAAAGAAAAAGGCAUCUUUAGCAUGCCAUGCAUGUCAACUGUUUGAUAAAUCUCGCCUUCUUGCUUUUAUAUGACGUUAAGAAGAG